AAUCGAAACACCCGCGUUAAUUUCUCUUCUAUUUCCUUCAUUGAACAUUCAGCGGGAAUUCGCCGUAUGAGCUACGAGAAAUUACAGUAAUGGAGACGGAGAAGAAAGAGAUGACCAGUAAAGCUUCGCCUCCCGUAUCGAUUGCAGAGGCGUUCUUCGUCCACCUGAUAUGCGGCCUAGGGCUAGCCCUAGCCUUCUUGAUUGCUCGUCAUGUCUACUCCGCCGAUCUCAUCUCCGAUCCUUCUCGUACUCUCUUCUUGAUUUUGAUUGUUGAGUGUCCGAUUGUGAUCCUUCUUUACAGCCGGUAUCGUACGGACCGAGAGCAAUGCUCGUACUUGAAAGCUGUGGCGCGAGGCAUACUUGGACUCCUUGCUGGUGCUAUUAUUAAUGCUUUUGGAGCAAUAGUUCUUGGCGCUCCUAUUGGUGCUCAAUACUUAUUGAAGACCCUUAACUGGUCACUUGUGAUGUCAUCGUUCAGUGUCGUGCCUUCAGCUUGUGUCUUUGGUUCAUCAUGGAUGGAUUGGCAGCGCCUAUUUGCUUACACAGAGCCAAAUGGAACUAUUGAUCAUAUGAUAUGCAUUCCAGCACAUGGGGCCAUUAUUGGAGCCUGGUUUGGCGCAUGGCCCAUGCCACUUGAUUGGGAAAGGCCAUGGCAGGAAUGGCCAAUUUGUGUGAGUUACGGGGCAGUAAUCGGGUACUCAAUUGCAAUGGUAGCAUCCUUGGCCUUCUCACAUGCGCGGAGUGGUUUGCAGCAUGUGAAAAGAGACUAACAAUCAAGUAUUUUGUUAUAACUAGAUUAUCAAGUUUUCCCUCAAUAUCUUCAUUGUGGGGUUUCUUAAUGUUCAUCUUUUACUCCUACAAUGGCACGACACUCUUUUUCAAAAGUUUUCACUAUUCAUUUUCUUUUUUAUAUCCACCCACACACAAGCUGUUUCUUUGUAGCCUGUAUAAUUGCAUGAAAAUCCCCCUUUUUCCUUGCU